UUGGUCUCUUCUUCCUUUAUUUUCAUUUAUUUAUUUAUUUUUUUCAUUUUGCUGCUCUUUUGGUUUGGACCUCUUUCUCUCUCUCUUUCUCUUUUGUCUCUAUUUCUCUCUCUAGAAUCUCAAAGCUUAUACCCAUAACCCAUUUAACAAAGCUUAGUGGGUGGAGUUGGAUUGUGGGGGAAGGAGUUUUGGAGUGGGAAAUGGCUGGGAUUGUGAGCGAGGAAGCUGGAGUUGGAAGGUCUAUUGAGGGGAUUUCAAAUGGGCAGCGUUGUCAAUCAGGUGAGGCAUUGGCAGAAUGGCGGUCUUCUGAGCAGGUCGAAAAUGGAACCCCGUCAACUUCGCCUCCUUAUUGGGACACUGAUGAUGAUGAUGAUGGAGGGCUAAAACCCUCUGAAUUGUAUGGAAAAUAUACAUGGAAGAUAGAGAAAUUUUCGCAGAUUGCCAAAAGAGAAUUGCGCAGUAAUGCAUUUGAGGUUGGCGGCUACAAAUGGUACAUACUAAUAUAUCCCCAAGGUUGUGACGUGUGCAAUCAUCUCUCUUUGUUUCUUUGUGUUGCUAACCAUGACAAACUUCUUCCAGGUUGGAGUCAUUUUGCACAGUUCACAAUAGCUGUGGUGAAUAAAGAUCCAAAAAAAUCAAAAUAUUCAGAUACAUUACAUCGGUUCUGGAAGAAAGAGCAUGAUUGGGGAUGGAAAAAAUUUAUGGAAUUAUCAAAAGUGUCAGAUGGGUUCAUAGAUGCUGCUGACACACUGAUAAUAAAGGCUCAGGUGCAGGUCAUCAGGGAGAAAGCAGAUCGGCCUUUCCGUUGCCUUGAUUGUCUAUAUAGGAGAGAACUUGUUAGGGUGUACUUGACAAAUGUAGAACAAAUUUGUCGGCGUUUUGUGGAAGAGAGACGAGGAAAGCUUGGGAGGUUAAUAGAGGACAAAAGUAGGUGGUCAAGCUUUUGUGCUUUUUGGUUGGGAAUGGAUCAAAAUGCCAGGAGGCGCAUGUCAAGAGAGAAAACAGAUGUAAUUCUGAAAGUAGUUGUAAAGCAUUUCUUUAUAGAGAAGGAAGUCACAUCUACUUUGGUUAUGGAUUCCUUGUAUAGUGGAUUGAAGGCUCUUGAAGGCCAAACGAAGAGUAAGAAGGGGAGGGCAAAAUUGUUGGACGUUGAAGAAAUGCCAGCUCCAAUUGUUCGGGUAGAGAAAGAUAUGUUUGUACUGGUGGACGAUGUGCUGCUGCUACUUGAAAGAGCUGCCAUGGAACCAUUGCCUCCCAAAGAUGAAAAGGGCCCACAGAAUCGUACAAAGGAUGGGAAUUCUGGUGAGGAUUUCAACAAGGAUUCUAUUGAGCGUGAUGAAAGGCGUCUUACAGAAUUGGGGCGUAGGACAGUGGAAAUAUUUGUCCUCGCUCAUAUUUUCAACCACAAAAUUGAAGUUGCAUACCAGGAAGCUGUAGCUUUGAAGAGGCAAGAAGAGCUAAUCCGUGAAGAAGAGGCAGCAUGGCUGGCUGAAACUGAGCAGAAGGCUAGGCGUGGAGCAGCUGACAAGGAAAAGAAGUCAAAGAAAAAACAGGCUAAACAAAAACGGAAUAACCGCAAAGGGAAGGAUAAAGGAAGAGAUGAAAGGUCUGGUGUGGCAGUAUUAGACAAGCACCAAGAGGGAAAUCCAAGUAAUGAGAAAAAGGAUUCCAUUAUGGUAGAGGUGCAGCCAAUAGUCGCAAAGCCAGAUAUUCUGGAAGAUGUGUCGGAUGUGUCUGACUCAGCGGAUGGUGUUACUGAAGUACUGCAGCCCGAUUCAGAAGACAGAGAUGCAAGUCCUGUCAAUUGGGAUACUGAUACUUCAGAAGUCCAUCCUCCAACAGAUGCAAGUAGCAGCGGUGUUAGUGGGCUGUCAUCUAUACCAAAUGGAACAUUGGAAAAAAGGAAUACAUCGGCAAUGGAUGAUAGUUCUUCAACAUGCUCGACAGAUUCAGUCCCAUCAGUUGCCACCAAUGGCUCCUACAAGGGGAACUCGUAUUCAAACUACCAGUAUGUAAAAUCUCCUGGCAGAGGGAAGCAUGCACGAGGCAAGGCAAGUGAUGGGAGUUGGACAGCUGAAAUGGAUAAUCAGUUUUCUGGGCCUGCAGCAGAUAGUGGGGAAUUUAAUGAUGUUACUGGAAGUAGCAAAUCUGUUGAAUGCGAGUCUGAGGCUAUUGUUCAUGCCUCACAGGAUAGAAGUACUUGGACUGAGCAACCUAUAGUUAAGGAGGUUGUGGAAGAAGUUUUGCCGCAAAAGAAACUGAGCACCAAAGACUCGAUUGAUGUGGAAAGUUCCUCUAAAGAAAAAGCGACAACUAUUACGUCAUCAUCUAGAAGCCCUCCUACAACUCCUCCGAAGAAUUUGCAGUCUGCUAUUCAACAGAAGUUGGAAAACAAGAUCUCAGCUACCUUAGAUCUUGUUCAAAUUAAGAAAGCAUCCCCAAAUUGUGCUCGGCAGACUGAUAAAGCCGCCGCUACAAGUAUAUCAGCUCAUAAUACCGGAUUGUCAAAACCUGAGAUCCAAAAUGCCUCAACUUCUAAACUGUCUGAUAAGCCUAUUCUACAGCAAGUUCCUCUGAUGUCAAGGCCUUCCAGUGCUCCUUUAACGCCUGGUCAGAGAGCAACUGCUCCUGUUGUUUCCAUGGUUCAAACACCACCAUUACUUGCUCGUUCAGUCAGUGCAACUGGUAGGCUUGGUCCUGAUCCUUCACCUGCUAAUCAUAGUUAUGCUCCUUUGUCAUAUAGAAAUGCCAUUGUGGGUAAUCCCGUUGGCUCAAGUUCAUCUGGUUUCACUCAUGCCAGCUCCCAUACUCUGGGAGUUAACCUUCAGUCAGCACACACGCAGCCAGCUGCUUUGGUAUCUGGAUCAAUGUUUUUACCCCAGAGCUCUGAUAGGAUAGAGCCGAACUCUGUCCAUUCUGGCUUUCCUUUUGGGAUGGUAACUCGUGAUGUCUUGGAGAAUGGACCCCAGCGCAUGGAGAGCUCUCAAGGAGUAGUAACAGAUGAGUUUCCACAUCUCGAUAUCAUCAACGAUUUACUUGAUGAUGAACAUGGCAUUGGGAAAGUGGUUGGGGCAAACAAUGUCUUCCAGUCACUUGGCAAUGGACCACACUUCUUAAAUCGCCAAUGCUCUUUUCCAGGUGAUGUUGGCGUCUCAACUGACUUGCUUUCCUCAACCAGCAGCUCUUGCAGAUUUGAGCGCACAAGGAGUUAUCAUGAUGGCGGGUUUCAGCGGAGUUACAGCUCCUUUGGCUCUAAUUUCGACGGAGUUAGGGAAUAUAUUCCCCAGGCCAGUCCACUGCCAUAUGCAAAUGGGCAUAUUGAUGGGCGGCUUCAAAACCAAUGGCAAAUGACUGCCUCUGAUAUUUCUUUAGCUGGUAUGAGGAAUGCAGAGGGUGAUGGGUCUCCUUAUUACGGUCCGGAUUAUUCAUCAUUGGCAUGCAAUAGCAAUGGCUAUGCAGUAUAUAGGCCUUCAAGCGGUCACUGAAGGAGCUUAUAAAAGGAAUUGCCCUGCCAAUUUGUAGGUGUCGUUGUCCAUUGUAAUAAUAUAUAUUUGGGGAAAUUGUUGGGUCAUAGAAUUGGAGUGAGGUUGUAAUCUUUUUCAUAAGCUAACAUUUUGUAGAGUGUUUCCGCCUUUCUUUGCCUAAAGCAUUUUUAGUUUGUUGGUA